AUGCUUAAGUGGGUUCAAGGAGGUAUUUCAGCUGUUACGGGUAUUGCCGAGCCCGAGUAUGGGCCAGAGUUUAUCCAUCCUAUCACAGCAACUGUGGAGGGUAAACAACCGUUCGAGGAGGCGACCAGGGACGACUUCAAGUGGUUAUCUCCUAGCUCCACCAAUGUUGAGACACAGACUUUCUACUUUGACGAUCUGGAGAAGGGGUGGUUGGGUUUUGCGCAGGUUAUCCAUUCCAAUGUAGUUGGUAUCCACACCACUGCGCAGUUCACCUUUAAGAUCUAUGAUACCAAUACUGGGAAGCAGAUCUGGACGUCCACGAAGCUAGAAGAUUUCAUAAUCAAGGGCAACAACUUCUACGCUAAAGACUUACAGAUCGAGCUUGCGGAGGAUAAAGAUGAGUACCAUGUGAUCUCUAAUGUUACAGAGGAGUCCAAGGUUGAUUUGGUGUUUACCAAAUUGGCCCCUGCUGCAAAGAUUGGUAAAGACGGAACCACUAUCUAUGGAGAUAAUGUUGAGGAGCCUUGGGGAACAAUGAGACACGUUUUCUGGCCAAGAAAUGCCGUUAAGGGUAAGAUCACCUCGAAGGACCCAGAGACGGGCGAUUUUAAGGAGUUUGACAUUGAUGGAUUGUCGAUGUUUGUCAUGGCAAUGCAAGGUAUGAAGCCUCAUCAUGCUGCUGCCACCUGGAACUUCCUCAACUUCCACUCAAAGAGCUUGAGUGCUGUGUUGAUGGAAUUCACAACGCCAAAAUCCUACGCAUCGACAAAGGUGAGCAUUGCAUUUGUUGCAGAUGACAAGGAUAUCAUCAGUGCCUCGAUUCAUAACGAUGUUGAGCAUCUUAAGGUGGAAACUGACGAGGUCGGAUGGCCACAACCAGGUGCGAUCUCAUUUGACAUCCAUGGUAUCGAUCCACAUGCCACAGACGAAGAAGUUUCAAAGGGUGAAAAGACCAAAGAUGUUAAAGUUUAUGGUGACUUGACUCUCAUCGAAAGAGUUGACGUUAUGCAUGAGAUUCCAACCUUUGUGAAGAACAUUGUCAGUGGUGUUGCUGGAACCAAGCCUUACAUCUACCAAUUUUGGAACAAGAUGACCAUUGAAGCUGGUGAUAUCAAGGAAACCUCUUUAGGUUACGUCGAGACUACUUUUAUCACUGAGGCUUGA